CCUCCAGAAGCCCUAAUCCUCGCGCAGCUGCUACGUUGCUCGACCCCCUGAAGACUCCAUGGCCGGACCUUGCCGCGAGUAGAUGCUGGUCUGCCGUUGCUUUGGCCGCGAGAACAACCCGAUCUCCAACCUUGAGGUACUCCGUCGAAGCCACCCGUUGUGAUUCCUCCUGUACAGCAAGCUGGUAGAUCCGGCCAAGCGGAAGAACCGGCUCCAUGGCAAGGAUUUGGCUGCGAAACGGCAGGAUCUGAAUGUUGGUUCGAAGGAUGGGGACGGAAGUUCUGCAAAAUCGAGGGUGAAAGGUGGAGAAAAAAAACUUGAAAAAGGAGCGGAAGCUAGAAGACUCGCUCUGAUACUAUUGCUUUUCACUGAUUAAUGAUGUACAAUCCGGUUCCUAUUUGUAAUACAUAGGAGCAAAACUAUCUUAGGAAGAAAAAUAUACAUAAUGUGGAAAAGAAGGAAAAUAAAUUUUCCUAAUACACAAUAUUCUAAUUUUCUAACAAUAGACUAAUCGGUAUCAAUUAAAAUCAAUGUCAAUAUGGCAAUGGUAUCUUCAACACCUUCAUCACCUCUUGAAAUGCAGUAUAAAUUGAGGUAGUGGCUUUUUGUUGGAUCGCCACCUCCAGUAGCUGACUCUGGAGAAAGCAUCACAAGCAUAGGCAAAUUAGUGGAAAUGGAUCAUGAAGAUCAGAAAUGCCACUCUCAGGACCAGGACAAAUUGAUAGAAGAACAAGAUAAGGAUUCGUCGUCUGCAUCUCUGCCAAUGCUGACGGACCGCAGUGGGCAGGAUAACACUGGAGAGAGGCCUAUGCCAAACCAGACCGACAUUGUUAAAGCUCUUGAAGUGGUUGAGAGAGAUUCUGUUGCUAUCGCCGAGAGUUUCACAUCUCUAUUUGCUUCACUUCGCUUGGCUCUAUCUGAGGUAACUUCUUGCUCAACAGAUCAUAUGCAGUGCUUCAAUGAUGCUGCUGGACGCCUUCAAGAAUCUGUGCUUGAUGCAGCAACAAAAGGAAAUCGGUACAUAAAUUCCUGUCUAAGAUUAAAUGAAGAAACAAAGGGCAUGGAAAGUCUAGCGACACAAUUAAAAAUUCUAAGGAGGAAUGUUGAUGCUUUAGAUUCUGCUGUCAACAAGCUUGUCCGGCUACCAUGAUAUCGGAUAAGCUGUCGAUGCACUUCUGUUUCCCUACUUAAAGAUCUCCUUAUGAGAGUCCUAGUCUUGCCAACAUGAUACUUGAAGUGCUGGAGUGAGAGGAAAGAUGAUCACCUCACUUGUAAGAUUCAUUUUAGCCAUUGUUUCGCAUCUCUUGCCGUUAGUUGUAUAUCAUCCUCCCGACUUUGGAUUGGUCUACCUUCUUCUCUCUCGUAUUCAUUUUCCCCCUUUCUA